GCCGACGACCAGUGUGCCAGAAGGUGAACAGUGAGCUCCGUCUGGGUGGAGGGGAGCUGGGGAGAGAAGAGCGGGUUACAUAAAGUACCGCAUUCGAUCGAUAGUUUUUGGAAUUCGGUGGCCGCCGCGCGGUGGACUGCUGCCAAGUCGCAUUCGGGUCGCUGCUACGGUGGUGCAGGUGUGCUACGUGCCGCAUUGUCCCGGGAGCCUGGAACGGAACCGGAACACAAACGCGGUGGUUUCGCUUCCGCGGCUUCCGGCUUGUGGUCGCGUCGCGGUGCUGGUGGUGGUCGCAAAAUGGAUUGGUGGCAACCGUGGUGUAGCAUCUGCGACGGAUGAGCUUCGAAACGGUUAACCGGUCAACAUCGCAUCGCCAUACCCAUAACAACACGCAUCGCAGCACUCAGCUUGUAGAGCCAGAAGAAGAAGAACAUUUAGUCCACACGCCGAUCGUAGUAGCCUGCUUUGAACAAAGUGCAUUCACAACCGCUGCCGCAGCAUCCUGCGAUUACAUCGACGACACACCGGGCCGUCAUGAGAUUGAGUAUUACUGUGAACGGAUCGGACGCCCGAGUGACCCGCGCGACGACGACCCCUCGGACGGGCCGUACGAUUUUAGCGAUUUUAAGCUUGACGCACUAGACUUUAGCCUUACCAAGCGUCUGCUGGGGGCCGUUUUCUUUUUGCUUGUUAUCUACGCUUGGAAGCAGUACAUCGACGACGAGGAGGAAUCCGACACGAUCUACAUCUAGUGGACGGCACAAUGGGGACGAAGAAGGUGUCCUACUUUUUUAACCCGGACGUCGGCAACUUCCACUACGGGCCCGGGCACCCGAUGAAACCGCACCGGCUCUCGGUAAUCCACCAUCUGGUGAUGAACUAUGGACUGCACAAAAAGAUGCAAAUCUAUCGACCGUACAAAGCGAGCGCACACGAUAUGUGUCGUUUCCAUAGCGACGAGUACAUCGAGUUCCUGCAGCGCGUUACACCGCAGAACAUUCAGGGCUACACCAAGUGCCUGUCGGUGUUCAACGUCGGCGACGACUGUCCCGUGUUCGACGGGCUGUUCGAGUUCUGUGCCAUGUACACGGGCGCGUCGCUCGAGGGCGCACAGAAGCUGAACCACAACCACAGCGAUAUCUGCAUCAACUGGUCCGGCGGGUUGCAUCACGCGAAAAAGUUUGAAGCGUCCGGCUUCUGUUACGUCAAUGACAUCGUGAUCGGUAUCCUGGAGCUGCUCAAGUACCAUCCGCGCGUCCUAUACAUCGACAUCGACGUGCACCACGGAGACGGAGUGCAGGAAGCGUUCUAUCUGACCGAUCGCGUGAUGACGGUUUCGUUUCACAAGUACGGCAACUACUUUUUCCCCGGCACCGGGGACAUGUACGAGAUUGGGGCGGAAUCGGGGCGCUACUAUUCGGUCAACGUGCCCCUGAAGGAGGGCAUCGACGAUCAGAGCUACGUGCAGGUGUUCAAGCCGGUCAUCUCGGCGGUGAUGGAGUUUUACCAGCCGACGGCGAUCGUGCUGCAGUGCGGGGCCGACUCGCUGGCGGGCGAUCGGUUGGGGUGCUUUUCGCUCAGCACCAAGGGCCACGGCGAGUGCGUCAAGUUCGUCAAGGACCUGAACGUGCCGACACUAGUGGUCGGUGGUGGCGGGUACACGCUCCGUAACGUGGCCCGCUGCUGGACGUACGAGACGUCGCUGCUGAUCGACGAAACGAUCUCGAACGAGCUGCCGAUGAACGACUAUCUGGAGUUCUUUGCGCCCGACUUUACGCUCCACCCGGACAUCCCGAGCCGGCAGGACAAUGCGAACAGCAAGCAGUACCUGGAGGCGAUCACGCGGCACGUGUACGACAAUCUGAAAAUGUGUCAGCACGCACCGAGCGUGCAGAUGUUCGACAUUCCGGAGGAUGCGUUGCCGGAGGACAGGAAAGCGAGCGCCGAAGUGGAACCGAACCCGGACGUGCGCAUCAGCCAGGAGGACGAGGAUAAGGGCGUGGAACCGAAGAACGAGUUCUUCGACGGUGAUAACGAUAACGAUAAGAGUGAGAACGAACCUUAACACGGUCGCAAGCGAGCGAGCGCGCGAUCGCGUGAACGGAGAACUGCCGAUCGGAUCUUCCAUACGCAACACGCACGACGCAAGCACCGCGCGCCGCGGGCAUACUUUAAGUUUUAGAAGGCAAUAAAAACACAA